UCGACAUUUCUCUACAGCGCACUUAUGAAUCGCCCAGCAAACACCAAUACCACAGAUUCUGUUCUGCGUUCCGAUUCAAACUGGCUCACAUAACCGGCUCUGUUUUGGCGCGAAGUUGCUGUAUGGCAAGUAGUUUAUGUAGAAGAUCUCGACUAAUAUUUGAAUCACCUCAUCGUGCAUAUCGACGUAAGAGAAAUGGAAGAUUUAUCAAUGAUUCAAGAUGCACGUUUAAAAAAGUUUAUGAUAGAUAGCAACGAUGCUUUGGAAUUUAGAUUGAUUCGUUGUAUCGAGGACCUGGAUUCUGAAGAAAUUAUAUUCAAGCCUGAGAUGUCCCAUCAAGUGUUUGGUUCCAUGGAAACGAUAUUUGGUUAUCGUGAUUUAAAGGUGCAGUUAUUCUAUGCAGCAGGUUGCUUGGAAACCUUCUUGGGGAUGACCUAUACAGAAAAAGCAAAUGAUCUCGAUUUCGAGGGAGUUGAACCUGAUAAAGUUUUAACAAAAAUGGCUGAAAAACUUGCACCAAAUGUUCACUACAGUUUAGAUACUUUUGUUAAUGCACUGAAGAAGGAUGAUACAUUCAAACCUGAAGGAGAACUGCUGCAUUCGUUCACAAUAAAUGAUAAUGGCACGUCAAGACAAUUUGAAGUUUACAAAGCUGACAUAAACAGCAAAAAGUUUAAGGAGUAUCAUCAGAGGGUUCAAACAUUUCUUCUUUGGUAUAUAGAUGCAGCUAAUUUCAUCGAUGUUGAUGAUGAACAGUGGAGUUAUUUCAAUAUGUUUGAAAAAUAUACUACAUCUAUGGGUGUAUCCCGAUACGGAACCGUUGGUUUCGUCACAGUGUAUCGAUAUUACGCAUAUCCGGAACACAUUCGGCCGCGCAUCGCACAAGUUUUAAUUCUACCGCCAUUUCGACAGAUGGGUCUUGGCACGCAGCUAUUGCAAGCAAUUUACCGCCAAUACGUUGGAAUGAAUGAAGUUAAAGAUAUAACAGUUGAAGAUCCGUCCGUGACGUUCCAACGAAUACGAAAUUACGUAGACGCCGUGAAUUGCAGCACAUUGCCUAGCUUUAAGCGGGAACAUUUGAUGCAAGGGUUCAACAAUCAAAUGGCCAUUGAGGCUAGGGAAAAAUUUAAGAUAAAUAAGAAACAAGCUCGCACAGUGUAUGAAAUCUUGCGAUUACGUGCAACGAACAUCGCGAACGAAGAGGAAUACCGAGCAUAUAGAUUAGACGUGAAGGGAAGAUUGAAUAUACCGUAUAAAAGGAAAGAGAACGAGGAAAAGAAAUUAGAACGCGCAUUGAUGUACGUGGAUAAGCGUGCUAACCCUCUGCCACCUUUGGAGCAACGUAUACAGUUACUCGAUAAAGAAUAUCGAUUUUUAGAAGAAGAAUACAAGAGAGUUAUUCAACGUUUAGAGGAUGCACCCGAACUAUGAAAAAAUGUUGCAUGAACUUUAUCCGAUAUUAACCGAUCAAGACAUUUUUUUUAUGUGGAAAAAAUAUAUUAAUAAUUUACUAUUAUUUA